AUGAGCACCUUCUUUCGCGAUGUGGAGUUCCAGACCGUGGACGGGUUGACCCUCCGGGGCUGCUUCUACCCAGCUCCUGAUCGUGGUCCUGCAGCCAUCAUUACGCCAGGAUUCAACUGCGUGAAGGAGAUGUUCGUGCCAGAGGUGGCCGAACAGUUCCAGCUUGCCGGAAUCUCAGCCCUAAUCUACGACCCCCGCAGCCUUGGCCUCAGCGACGGCGAGCCCCGGAACGAGAUCGACCCAAUGAAGCAGGUCUCGGACUACUCGGAUGCGCUGACCUACCUCCGCGGCCUCCCCGAGGUCGACCCGGAGCAAAUCUUCUUCUGGGGCCAGUCCUUCGCCGGCUGUGUCGCCCUCUGUGCCGGCGCCCUUGAUAAGCGCGCCCGCAUGGUCGUUUCCAUCUGCCCGCUGCUCGACUUUGAGCUCACGCCACAAAAGUUUCCCCGUGUCCUGGCGCGAAGCAUGGCCGAUCGCGAGUCACGCGCUGCCGGCAACCCGCCCGUGUUUCUGCCCGUGCUGACCGAGGACGGCAUCAACCCAGCCGGUCUGGGCAUUGGCGCCGACAAGGAAGAGUUUGAUUACAUGGUCAACGCCAAGAAGUAUGGAGCCAACCGCCACGAGAACAGAACGACGCUGCAGUCGUACUACAAGCUCAUCAUGUGGCAGCCCCACGGAAUCAUGAAGUAUAUGUACGAGACGCCCGUCCUCAUGGUCGUUCCUGAGUUGGACCAGAUCUCGCCCCCAGAGCAACAGUUUGCCCUGUUCGACACGUUCCCGGGCCCCAAGAAAGCGCAUGUGUCUGUUGGUAAGGGUCAUCUUAAUGUCCUCAGUGGUCCUGAAUUUCCGGACCUUAUUAGGAUGCAGGUGGACUUUAUCAAGGACAUCUCGGCGGGAAAGGUGGACGGCUAUAUUAGUGAUGCGAACGGAACAAACCAUGGCGAAGGCAAUGGAACUAAGUAG